AUGGCGCAUUCUUCGUCAGUAUGCUAUACUACCUGCUUUCAGUUGCUCAACGAGGAUUUGCAGUCUUCCGUGGGCAAAAUUGGAAGGACGCUGGAUUCAAGAAGCAGCUCGAUAUCGCUAGGCGAGUUUGGUGUUCACCGUGCAUCGCCUCAAAAGCAGACAUUGACCCGUCAUAGGCACUUUGGUCCACUGCAGAAACACCCCGUCCAGCCUCGCCCGGCAACAGAAACAGAGAUAGCCGUGAUCUACCAGUCUGCUGCUGAUGUUCGCCGAAUCAAUUACUGGGGGGACCGACCUCCAGGUGUCACCUUCUUUGGCGUCUUGGAGAACCAAGGCUGGUCCGGAGGCGACAGUAUCAUGUCCGAUUCGGUGCAAGUGUUUGCCAGGCUCUCGCCAGUCAUGCAGAACGUCCUCAUCGGGCUUGAAGGAGUCCAUUCUAGCAACGCGCUUACUAAGAAGGCCAAGGAAGACGGCACCGCUCUCCGUCGAGAAGCUGUCAAUACUCUACACCCUUUGAUCACCAAGCAUCCGGUCACUGGCGACAAGAUACUCUUCGUCAAUGAAGUCUUCACCACCUCCGUCAACGGCAUGAAGAAAGAAGAGUCUGAAAACCUUCUCAAGUUCUUGUUCAACUAUGUCGCUCGCGCGGCUGAUAUCCAAGCACGUGUCAAGUGGGAAGAGGGGACUGUCGUAGUCUGGGACCAGAGGCGAGCACAGCAUACGGCACUGCUGGACACGCCCCCGGGAAAGCGACGACAUAUGAUAAGGAUCACGCCGUUGGCCGGAAAGCCGAUACCGGCAACGAAAGAGGCGUAA